GUGGAAAGGCAGUUAUGACAGUUGGCAAGUAGAAGGGACAGAAGAUAGAAAUCAGCUCAACAUAAGGAAGAACUUUCUGAUCACUAUACUGACCUAAAAUGAACUGGCCUGCCUUUGGAGGGUCCGAGUUCUUCAUCCCAGCAGGCAUUCAGAUAGAGGCGGGAUGCCCACUCAGCAGAAGUAUCACAGAAUGGUACCAUUACUAUGGCAUCGCAGUGAAGGAAAGCUCCCAAUAUUACGAUGUGAUGUAUUCCAAGAAAGGAGCUGCCUGGGUGAGCGAGACAGGCAAGAAAGAAGUGAGCAAGCAGACGGUGGCGUAUUCACCCCGGUCCAAACUUGGAACAUUGCUGCCAGAAUUUCCGAAUGUCAAAGAUCUAAAUCUACCGGCCAGUCUGCCAGAGGAGAAGGUUUCUACCUUUAUUAUGAUGUACAGAACACACUGUCAGAGAAUACUGGACACUGUAAUAAGAGCCAACUUUGAUGAGGUUCAAAGUUUCCUUCUGCACUUUUGGCAAGGAAUGCCGCCCCACAUGCUGCCUGUGCUGGGCUCCUCCACGGUGGUGAACAUCGUCGGCGUGUGCGACUCUAUCCUCUACAAGGCGAUCUCCGGAGUGCUGAUGCCCACCGUGCUGCAGGCGCUACCUGACAGCUUGACUCAGGUGAUCCGGAAGUUUGCUAAGCAGCUGGAUGAGUGGCUAAAAGUGGCUCUCCAUGACCUCCCAGAAAAUUUGCGAAACAUCAAGUUUGAAUUGUCAAGAAGAUUUUCCCAAAUCCUGAGACGGCAAACAUCACUAAAUCACCUUUGUCAGGCAUCUCGAACAGUGAUCCACAGUGCAGACAUCACGUUCCAAAUGCUGGAAGACUGGAGGAACGUGGACCUCAACAGCAUUACCAAGCAAACCCUUUACACCAUGGAGGACACUCGUGAUGAGCACCGGAAGCUCAUCAUCCAGUUGUAUCAGGAAUUCGACCACCUCCUGGAGGAGCAGUCUCCCAUCGAGUCCUACAUCGAGUGGCUGGACACAAUGGUGGACCGGUGUGUUGUGAAGGUGGCUGCCAAGAGACAAGGAUCCCUGAAGAAGGUGGCCCAGCAGUUUCUCUUGAUGUGGUCCUGUUUUGGCACAAGGGUGAUCCGGGACAUGACCUUGCACAGUGCCCCCAGCUUCGGGUCUUUUCAUCUGAUUCACUUGAUGUUUGAUGACUACGUGCUGUACCUGUUAGAAUCGCUUCACUGCCAGGAGCGGGCCAACGAGCUCAUGCGGGCCAUGAAGGGAGAAGGAAGCACGGCAGAAGUCCGAGAAGAGAUAAUCCUGACAGAGGCUGCCCCGCCAACCCCUUCGCCUGUGCCGUCAUUUUCUCCAGCAAAGUCUGCCGCGUCGGUGGAAGUGCCGCCCCCCUCCUCCCCUGUCAGCAACCCAUCGCCUGAGUACACAGGCCUCAGCACUUCAGGAGCGAUGCAGUCGUACACGUGGUCUCUAACGUACACGGUGACAACAGCGGCAGGGUCCCCGGCUGAAAACUCUCAACAGCUGCCCUGUAUGCGGAGCACGCACGUGCCUUCCUCUUCGGUCACACACAGGAUACCAGUUUAUCCCCACAGAGAGGAGCACGGAUACACGGGCAGCUAUAACUACGGGAGCUAUGGCAACCAGCAUCCUGCCCCGAUGCAGAGCCAGUACCCAGCGCUCCCACACGACACGGCCAUCUCAGGACCGCUGCACUACCCCCCGUACCACAGGAGCUCCGCGCAGAUGCUGUUGCCUCGGGCCGGGAGUCUCUUCCUCAGCCUCUUCUGCUUGUUGCUCAAGACAAGCAUCCCAUUUGCUGACACUGCCCUCGUCCUUCCUCCAGAACCAUGUUAGGUGACAUUCUUCUGUACUCAAAUGGUGUGUUGGGCUUUCCUCUAUUGGUAUACUUCUCAUCACUGACUUUCCUGAUACCCGCAAGAGAUCCCAAAACUUCUUGAAGGCAGAAAUUAAGUCUAGGAUCCUUGGGUCACUGCACUCAUCAAAAAGAAAAGCUAACUGUUACUGAACGCUGUCCUGUGCCAAGCACCUUCCACAUCCCCAUGGUAACCCUUGCAGCAAGGAAGUGAUGGUAACUUGGUCGAGGACUUAACCCUGGGCGGCGUGACCCCAGCUGUACAGGCUCCUAAGCCCUCGCCUCUGUCACCAUUCAGAGAGAGCAGGCGCUGCUUAAUUUAACAGAGGAGUGAACAGGAGGUGGGUCAGCAGAGAUAACUGUGGUGUGAGGCAAGCAGGGUGGGAGCCGCGUUAGGUCUGGGAGACAUGAUGAGAGUUCAGCCUAGGAAAGAGCUUCUGCAGCACUGCUGAGACCAGGAGUAGAGAGGGGACCAGCAGAGCAGGGAGGCUGCCAAGGAAGCACGUGCAGGAGUCUUAGAACAGAGGUGGCAGGAUGUGAGCUGAAGUGGAGGCUGCAAUGACAUCAGCUGUCAGCACAGACUUGCCUCCGAGGGAGGGCACUGAGCAGAGUGUAUCCACAAUACACGGGCACUUGGGGCAAACAGGCGUCUGUUUUGAUUUCUAUCCGCAAUCCCAGGGGAGCCCUGGGAUACUCCCCAGACAAGCCAAGAAGUUGAUUCCUCUAAACCAUCACCUGGGGCAUUAUUAUAGGUCUCCAUCUGCGUCACACAGAGACACCCGCUCCCUAGGUCCUGCUUCUCUUGGGACCAGGGUCUGUGCUCCCCAUGUUGAUCUCCUAAAUGACAAAGAGCUGCUGCCAUAGACUGGGUCACACUUUCACAGUAUAAGCAGCCCAUCUCUCCAUCCAUUCAUUCAUUCCCCCAUGACCGUUGAGUACCUACUAUGUGGCAAACACUGCCCUAGCCUGUGAGAAUAUAGGGAGAAGGAGAUGGAGGCAAGCCUGCUUUGAGAGAGCUUCCACUCCAGUAGGAAACCCUGGCGAGACCAAGCUGAGAUCCCAAGCCACAACUGCUGGCAUUAUCUUCCCCCUUUCUUCACCCCCUCAUCUCUCCUCAUGAAACUUCUGGAGCUGGUUUUUCUGGGUAUUAAAUUUUUUAAGCCUUUUGCCAUAAAAAGAAGCCACAGGCUCCUAAAUGCCCAUGCAGCCCCCAGUGGUCCAAGACAGGCCUCAGCAUCCACUCUGGAAACCACAAUGGUCCCCAGCUGGAGCACCAUCAUCUAAUCAUUCAUCCUAAUUGGAGAGCUGAGGACUAAACAAACGCCUGUGGAGGAGCCGCUGAACCCAGGCUGGGUGUGGGAGGCCACAGGGUCCUGCAGCCCCUUCACCACCAUGUUCUGUGACUCUGACCCCCACCACAUACUCACACCCUACACUUUAUGGUUAAUGCCUCUGUCUCCAUUUGUAAAGUGGGGUGGAGAGACGUUUACUUACACCACAUCUUUGCCCAGGUUGAUGGAUGAGGCCGGGGUUUCUCCUGGGGAAGGUACUAUCUAGUACUAUCUAAAUCCUUGCUUUUAUUUUUCAUUCACUUUGAUGCACUGUUGAGGCACUUUGAAAUGCAUAGGCUCACUCAAAUCUCAGAGCAACCUCCCAAAGAAGGCAUUUUUUCCACUUUUUAAAGAUGAGGAAAACCUCAGAAGGUAAUUUGCCCCAGGUCAUGCAUCCAGUAAGUGACCAAGCAGAUUCAAAGGCAAAUUCUCCAAAUCUCAACCCCAAGCCCAUGGCACUGAACACUACAGGGUGUGUGUUUUGGAGGGCAGGAGGUAAAUUCAAGAGGUUACUGCAGCUAUUCUCAAUAAGUUUCAGGUUCCCAAAGAGAAAAAACACACACAAAGAUACUAUAUUUCUUUCCUUUCCUGGUACUGUGAUUUAAGGUUGAGCACACAGGGGAAAAUCUACUGUUGGGCUAAUUAGUUUUAGCUUCCCAGAGCAGAGGUCAAGCCAAUCCAAUCCUGAAUACCAAAUAUCACACUUUAUUAUAGCAGACUCAGCGGGGAAAAGAUUAGUCUGAAGAAAAAUCAUAAUGAUAAAAUAUGGUUAAAGAAUGCAAUUGGUCAUUAACACAAGACAGUACUUUCUGCAAAUAAAUGCCUACCAGGUUAGUCUUAAAGAAAUAAUACAAAAUUUUUUUGAAGUCCAGUAAUUGCAGACAUCCCAGCAUUUAUGUACUCAAAAUAAUAUGAAGUCAUUUGUUUUCUGAACUAUGGUACCAUGUGCCCUUGUUUCUACUACUCAUUUGUACAAGACAUGGUUUCUUCAUGAGUACUACAAAGGUAAACCUCUACUCCUGCUUGAAUGCUCAUAAUUUCUCAAUUAGCAAGUCCAGAUGGAUGAGGCUGCACAGGGAAAGGUUUGAAUUAUUCCAGAAAAAUACCCUUCUUGCUGCUAUGCUGCACUUGUCCCAGAUCAAAGUAAGUGAACAUGGAACAGUAUCAGCUGCCCCUUCCCAGGCUCCCCAUCCUCAUGCCCAACCAGAAAGAAAACAAACACGGAAAACAAACCUGUCAGCAGCAGGCAUGAAUGUGAACUGGGCUCUUGAGCUCAAAAGCCAUUAGACCAACCAUAAGCAAACUGGCUAGAAAGACACUUAGAGUGAACCAGAAAAUUGUUGCUCAUUUCUCAGCUGUGUGGCCAAGACCCAGCCUUGCCAGCUGGUCACAUAGCUCUCACAGUGUCUCCCGUGGGCCACGUCCAGUGGGUCCUUGAUCUCAGAGACACAGUGAUUGCUAGUUUGCUUAGCAUGCUCCACUUUGGGGUAGCAUCCUGGGCCAAAGGUGAGUGAAAAUAGAAAAAGAGAUUUUCUCUGACUGUAGAGCCAAGCUUCCUGAGUUCAAAUCUCAGCUCAGCCUCUGAUUAACUCAGUGCCUCCAUCUUCUCAUCUGAAAAAUGGGGAUAAUUCUAGUAUUUAUUUCACAGGGUUGUUGGGAGGGUUGAGUGAUUUAAUAAAGGUUAGGACAGGGGCUGGCUCAUAGUUAACCACUAUCUGUGUAUAUUAUUAUUAUUAUUCUUUGUAACACCACAGUUAUUAUUAUUUUUUGUAAUUGUAGAAUUAUUAUCUGUUUCCCUCCACUAUACUAGCCCUGCGAAGGCAAGGGGGUCCAGGUCCUUCCCCUUCUGACCAUUAUAUUCCCAGGACCCGAGACAGACCUGGCUCUUGGUUGGACCUCAGUAUACAAUGGUCAGUGAAUGAAGGGAUGAAUGGAUCCUUACUCUGGCAGUAAGCUGUGUGUGACCUCAAGAAGAUCAUUUAUCUCUCUCUUGACCUCAGUUCCCUCAUGUGUAAAAUGAGAGGUGGGGUCAUAUGGUCAAUCACUUAAGGCUCUUCCUAUCAUUAGUGGACCACGAUCCUAUGACUCCAGGAAGAAGAAUAUUCAUAAUUGCAAUUAUGUCUUGAAAACGUACUGUGUGGAAGCUCAAGGGCUUCUCAGGUGGCACUAGUGGUGAAGAACCCACCUGCCAAAGCAGGAGACAUGAGAUAUGGGCUC